UAAUUGCUGGAAUAACGUUAGAAGUGUUUUUCAUUUUUAGUUGUCUUGCUAGUAGCCUGCCUUUCUUCUCACCUCCCUCAUUAAUUAAAACUGGUCUAAACAGAGCACAUUCUGCCUUUCUUCUCACCUCCCUCAUUAAUUAAAACUGGUCUAAACAGAGCACAUUCUGCCUUUCUUCUCACCUCCCUCAUUAAAACGGGUCUAAACAGAGCACAUUCUGCCUUUCUUCUCACCUCCCUCAUUAAAACAGGUCUAAACAGAGCACAUUCUGCCUUUUUCCUCACCUCCCUCAUUAAAACUGGUCUAAACAGAGCAUAUUCUGCCUUUCUUCUCACCUCCCUCAUUAAAACGGGUCUAAACAGAGCACAUUCUGCCUUUCUUCUCACCUCCCUCAUUAAUUAAAACUGGUCUAAACAGAGCACAUUCUGCCUUUCUUCUCACCUCCCUCAUUAAAACAGGUCUAAACAGAGCACAUUCUGCCUUUCUUCUCACCUGCCUCAUUAAAACGGGUCUAAACAGAGCACAUUCUGCCUUUCUUCUCACCUCCCUCAUUAAAACGGGUCUAAACAGAGCACAUUCUGCCUUUCUUCUCACCUCCCUCAUUAAUUAAAACUGGUCUAAACAGAGCACAUUCUGCCUUUCUUCUCACCUCCCUCAUUAAAACAGGUCUAAACAGAGCACAUUCUGCCUUUCUUCUCACCUCCCUCAUUAAAACAGGUCUAAACAGAGCACAUUCUGCCUUUCUUCUCACCUGCCUCAUUAAAACGGGUCUAAACAGAGCACAUUCUGCCUUUUUGUUAUACUUUUCAUGCAACUGAAAUGUAAAUAUGCAGGCAGUUUUAAAUGUGUGAACUCUGUGAAAUGUCUUGCCAAACCACAUCUGUUUCUAAUCUUUUUACUGCGUCACCUCUUCUCUCUUCUUUUUAGACAAGUUAGUUUCCCUCUAAUAUGUGCUUUAGAGGUUCUCCAUACUGUGGAAACCUCUUCAGUUGAGCCUAUGUCGAUCUCAAAAAAAAGGAUCUAAGAUCAUCUGCUAGUGAUCGGCUAAAUAUCUCAUCUUGUAAUAGCAUGGUGUUGAGUCUAAAUCUAUGCUUUCUCACAUUUUCAGAGUUGAUAUCAACAUGUAACUCUACUAUAGCAUGAUCUGUGAGGGCAAUGGGCCCAAUCUUGCAAUCAAUAUUCAUUAAUAACCAUGAAAUGAGAUAUCAAGAAGAAAUCUAUUCUGUCGCGUGUGCCAGUGGGAGAUAAAAGGUAUAUUCUCUAUCAUUAGGAUGGACUAAUCUCCAUAUGUAUGUAAGGCCCAUAUAUUCUGCUAGCAUAUGUAUUACAAGUCUAUCCUUUGGCGUAAAGUUGACUGUAGAUGUACUUCCAUCAACAAUAUUGUCCAUCACUAAAGUCUCCAGUGUGGAUGAUCUACCCUUCUAUAUUUCCUAGUAUAAAGUUGACUUCGUGCCCCCAAAAAAUCAGACUCCUCCUUUUUGGGAGAAUAUAUAUAUGUUGCAUAACACUACCUGAAUCCCAUUUAUAAAGAGCCUCAAUGCAGAUAAGCCUGCCAAACUCAUCAGAGUGUUGCUUCAACAUUACAAAAUUAAGUAUUUUGCCGAUCAGAAUGAUCCCCAGAUUUAGUUUGGAAUUAAAUGAGCUAUGAUACCCUUCUGCAACCAAACCUUCUCUAACUUCAGUGCCUCUGUAUCUGUUACAUGUGAUUCCUGUAUGAACACAAUAUACGCCUGUUUUGAUUUUAAAUAUGUCGAUCUUUUCCUCCUCACUUGGUACCCACAACCAUUUAUUUUCCAAGAGAUGUUUAAAUAACCAUUAGCCACAUUUGCUCUGAGUAGUUAUAGCCUGUGAGCAGUGCUUCCGCUAUACAAUAAAACAGUGUAAAAUUAAAAUAAAACAAAGCAACUAGGAAUGUAACGUUUCUUCUCAAUGAAUCAAUCAUCACAGAACUGUCUUUGACGCUGCAGAAGAGAACCUGCAGUCUCAACUCAAAAUUUCUAACGGUCCGUGAGGCGCUUGAAAGGCUAAAUUAGCAACACUCUCCCAGAGUCGCACAAACACAUAGACUACCUUCAUUUGCAUUGUAUUUGACCUUGUCUCGUCUUCUUUAUCGAGGCUAAACACCUUUCUUUAGCAAUAAUCUCUCUGCCUCCACGUUGUCCUUGAAAUUUUAUUUUCUUUCCCUCCCAAGUAAAGUUAUUUUUGUUUCUUCGCAGUUGCAAACGUCUUCCUCGUCAUUGCCAGUUCCUUGGACAGGUCUGGUAAAAAAAGACAGCCGGCGACCUUCCCACUGAACGCCACCCUUUGCUUUCUACGAACCUUGUUCCCGGUUGUAGAUCGUUGGAUGCGCAGGAGAACCGUUCUCGGGGUGGGGCCCCAUUCUCGCCAGGCAUGGUUGAGCUGCAAUGGAUCUCUCACUCCUCUCGGCGCUCGUGGUGUUAGUUAAGGGGAAUCCAGUGCCCAGCGCGCUCUCUGAGCUCAUGACCUCCGGAUGGACCUCAGGAGAGGAGCUCGGGACAGACGGUGAAACGGGCGCGCCCCCGAAGUGGGAGAAAAUUAUCAAGAUGCUCGUUCACGAGGUAACCACCUUGCGGAACCAACAGUUUGUGGAGGAGUUUCAGAAGCCCGUGGAAGAGAUUUCAUCGUUCUCACAGCACCAGGUCCCAUCCACCCCCCCACACCUCUCCAAGACUCUUUGCUCCGCCUCCAACAAGGAGGCAUGUCUGCAGGAGAUCAGUCGGGGUCUGCAAGUGUACCAGCUUCUUCUUCAGCACGUUAAGGCUGAAUACCCUCAAUCAACCCUACUCCCCUCUGUCACACACCAGACCACUGUCCUGAUAGGGCUGGUCAAAGACCAGAUGAAGGUUGCUGAGGUAGUAGAGGACCUGUCUGCCAGUGAGAGGAAGCGUGUUCUGGGUGAGGUGUCUACGGGGACAGAGUGGGAGAGAAAGACAAGCGUUCACGCCAUCCUUAGGGAGCUACGUCACUUCCUGGUUGACACCAAGAGAGCCCUCCGACGCAUGGCAAAGAGGGGCAAAGACUUCCAGUAACCAUGACAACACUGCUAUGGGCAUAGAUGUGUUAUAUCAGGCCUGGAACAGAAACUUGCAGUGUCUUAUUCUCUAACACAACGGUUUCUUUUGAUUUAUUUAUUGAAUGUAAUACUUGACUGAACUUGAAAAUGAUCAAAAUAUUUAUGGAUGAGAUGAAAUGCAUUUAAUUAAUUUAUUUUAUUUAAUCAGAUUCAUUAAUUUGAUCUUGGAGAAGCUUUGUGCCUCAGAUUUUUUAAAAGUAU